UGCAUCAUUAUUGUGAUUUUGCCCCCAUGUCCUUUCUUUGCCCAGCUCUGGAAUGUCCUCCAAACAGUGAGUACCAGCUCUGUGGGACAGCCUGCCCAGCUACCUGUGCGGAUGAUCACGUUCCAAGCCAACUCUUCUGCCCAGCUGUGUGUGUGGAAGGUUGCCAGUGUAUGGAAGGUUUUGUGCUAAGUCAAGGGGCUUGCAUUCCCAUAAGCAAAUGCGGUUGUUUCUACGACGGGCGGCCGUAUGGCCCCAGUGAGAGCUUCUGGGCGGAUGACACCUGUACGAAGCGGUGUGUGUGCAAUCCAUCCACAAGGCAGGUGGAGUGCACCCCCAGCUCUUGCAAAACCUCGGAGCAAUGCGGAGUGCGGAAAGGUGUGCGGGGCUGUUACCCUGUUGGGUACGGGAACUGUUCCGCCACUGGGGACCCGCAUUAUCUCACCUUUGACAACCUGAGGCAGGAUUUCCAAGGAGCCUGUGCCUACGUGCUUACUGAGGUGUAUGAGAAACCCAGUGACCUGGAGGGGUUCAGUGUGUAUGUCCAGAAUGAAUAUCGUGGAAACCGUGUGGUAACCUGGACCCGGAGUGUGCAGGUCAACGUCUUUGAUGUUGAGAUUAUCGUCAGCAGGCAGUAUCCUGGCAAAAUCUUGGUGGGAGGAUUGUUAACCUUCCUUCCCUACACCUCAGCGGGAGGACAUGUCAAGGCCUAUAAGAGUGGUAUGAACGCUGUGGUUGAAACUCAGUUUGGCCUCACCGUCACCUUUAACUGGGACAGUCGAGCAACCGUCAGCGUGCCCACCACGUAUAUGGGCACCCUGCGUGGUCUGUGUGGGAACUUCAAUGGCAUUCGUGAAGAUGAUGCUUUUGGGCCCGGCAGCAUUAUUGUCCCCAGCAUCCCCGUCUUUGGUGGUGUUAGCACGAAGGAAUACGACUCCACGUGCCUUGAAGUCCUUGAUCCCAAAUGCCCAGGGAUGGAAGCCCUUGCCGAGCAGCAGCGUGCUUCUGGCCGAGACUGUGGGAUCCUUCUGGCCAAAGACGGCCCCUUCCGGGAGUGUCACGGUCGAGUUGACCAAGAGGGCGCCUUCCAGGAUUGUGUCUAUGAUUACUGUUUCUUCGAAGGACACUACGCUUUCGUCUGUGCUGGGAUUGCUAGUUAUGCCGCGGCCUGCCAAGCGGCGGGGGUGACCGUCUACCCCUGGAGGUCUUCAACCUUCUGCCCCCCGCCAUGUGUGCCCAACAGUCACUAUGAAGUUUGUGCCAAGAGUUGUGGCCAGAGCUGUGCCAGCCUUUAUGCCCCGGUUACGUGCCCUGCCCAGUGUGAAGAGGACUGCGUGUGCGAUGAGGGCUUCGUCUUGAGUGGCCACGACUGUGUCCCGAUAGCCCGUUGUGGCUGUUUCUACCAAGGGCGGUACUACCCUGCCUUGACGACUUUCCACCCGAAGUGCGAAGAGCGUUGCCAAUGCCAGCCGGGUGGAAACGUGGUGUGCGAAGUGCUGCCCUGUGGCCCAAAUGAAGAAUGCAAACUGGUGGACGGAGUCCAGAAAUGCCACCCAACUGGAAAGGCCACCUGUUCUGUUGUCGGUGGCCUUUAUCUUUCCUUUGACGGGUUGGCCUAUACCUUCCAAGGCACCUGCACCUACAUCCUCAGCAAACUACAGGAAAAGAAUGUGAACUUGGAACCCAUCACAGUCAGUGUGGAAAACGAGGCCUGGGCGAAUGGGGAGAUCAUUGUGCCCAAGUUGGUCCACGUGGAGGUCUUUGGUGUUCAUCUGACUCUGCUAAGGAACAUACCGGGGCAAGUCUUGCAGGAGCUCUUCAGGCAACCCGGCUACUGUGGGCUCCUCACCUUGCCCGAGGGGCCCUUCGCGGCCUGCCAUGCCGUCCUCGACCCCACUGAGUACCUGAACAACUGUAUCCACGAGCUGUGCAUAGGCGGCGGAGACAAGGCCAUCGCCUGCCAGAGCAUUCAGAGUUACGUGACUGCUUGCCAAGCGGCCAAAGUCAUCAUCCAACCUUGGAGGAGCCUGUCCUUCUGUC